AUGGCAACCUUUACACGAUGCGCAGUUUUCUCUCUUCUCGCCAGUGCGAGUCUGGCGGCGCAAACGAGGAGGUACAACUUCACAAUCACGAACCAGUGGGAUACCGGAGAUGGUCAUGGGCGACCCGUCUUUGCCAUCAACGGCAAGACGCCGGGACCACUUAUCGAGGCCGACGAGGGUGACGAGAUUGAGGUGUUCCUUGAGAACCAACUGGCUUUUGAGACGACCAUGCACUGGCACGGCAUCUACCAGAUCGACAGGCCUUGGAACGACGGCGUGCCUGGGGUGACGCAGUACUCGAUCCAACCCCGCGACACCUACACUUACCGGUUCACAGUUCAGCAACAGUACGGAAGCUAUUUCUAUCACGGCCACUUCGGCCCUGCCUUUGCAGAUGGAAUGCGAGGCCCCAUGUGGAUAGCGCCCGCAGCCUGGAGACCGAGGCCGUAUGAGCUCAUCUCGUCUUCAGCGGCGGACGUCGAUGGCAUGAGGCGUGCCGAGAGGAGCCCGAAGCACGUCGUCAUCAGUGACUGGAACGCUGAGCCGAUGGACAUCCUGCUCAUCAUGUACCGAGACACCGGCGUCGUCCCGUGGUGCAGCAACUCGAUCGUCCUGAACGGCAAGGGAAGGACCUUUUGCCACACCAAAGAGCUGAUCGAGUCCGUCGGCGGGCCAGGGAGAGACACCCUUGGAUGUAUGACACAACCGGGCCAGAGGGAAUUCGCAAACGAACAGACCUGCAAGGAGACGAUCGCCGACCUCGAAGUUUUUGAGGCCGAGAGCGGGGAGGAGUGGGUUUGGAUCAACUUCAUCCACUCCGGGGCGCAUCACGAACUGCAGAUCAGCGUGGACGAGCACGAGUUCUACGUCGUCGCGGCCGAUGGAGAGUUUGUGCACCCGCAAAAGGUCCACGCUGCCAACUGUAACCUCGGGGAGCGCAUCAGUAUCCUGGUCCAUCUGAACCAAAAACCCGGCGACUACGCGGUGAGAGUCACAUCGCUUCGGAAGGAGCAAGUCAUCCAAGGCCUCGGCAUCCUCCGUUACCCCGGGCAGAAGAACGAGGGAAAGCAGGGCGUUCCCGAUAGCAAACCUUGGGUCCAUCUCAACGGCACUCUCAUCUCGCCGUCAUCGGUGGCCAUGGACGAGACGAAGCUCGCGCCGUACCCUGCUCGACCGCCGCCGGCCAAGGCGGACAGCACUGUGAGAUUCUUCGUCAACAUGACCGGCCCCAGCAGCUGGGCUCUGAACAUCGGCCCUCACCAAGCCUUCCGUCAACAGCUGCCCCCGUUGCUGUGGGACGAGACCUCCCGCGGCGAGACGACCUACGGGGACGAGGCGCAGGGUGCGUCGCUCCGGAACGGCACCGUGGUGGACAUCAUCUUCGAGAACGGCGCCAACGUCACCUCGCAGCACCCGUUCCACAAGCACAACAGCAAGGCCUUCAUCAUCGGCACCGGGUCCGGCGGGUUCCCCUGGCCGACGGUCGAGGACGCGAUGCGCGAGGGAGACAUGGCGAAGCACUUCAACCUGGUCGACCCGCCGAACCGGGACGGCUGCAGGCUGGGGAACAGCACGGGCGACUGGGCCGUCAUUCGAUACGAGAUCGCGUUUCCGGCGGCCAGCAUGCUUCAUUGCCACAUGAUCCACCACUUUGCGGCCGGGCAACAGGUCGUGCUUCUGGAGGGAGUCGAGUCCAUGGCAAAGAUCCCGGCCGAAAUGAAGGACAGAGUGCACUCGGAUUUCAACCCGCCCCUCCGAUACGGCCCCUUGGAUUAA